AUGUCUAUCCAAAACCCUAAUAAGAAGAUUCGCAGCGAAGGAAAACCGGACCAGCAACAAACUGACGCCGUCGACCGAUUGAGCAGUCUUCCCGACCACGUUCUUCACCACCUCCUCUCCUUCAUAGUUGAAAGCCGAUUCUCCGUCCAAACCUCCGUCCUCUCCAGGAGAUGGAGACCCCUGUGGGAGCACGUUCCCCGGCUCACCCUCCGCGCCAAUUUGUCCACCAUUGCUUCAACUUUCGCCAGGUAUGUGGACGCACUCUUGUCCGCCCGCCCCGACGGCAGCAACGUCGACGAGAUAAACUACUGCGACUUGGAAUUCUCGGGGAACACGGAGCCGCUCCACAAGUUCAUACAAUUUGCUGCUUCUCGCCGUUGUCGAGAGUUGUUUGUUACUGCAGUCACAGAUCUCCAACCCUAUUUCCUUGCCCCCUUGGCUGAUAAUAGCAAUCUCACAACGCUAGAGUUGAGGGCCGCACGUUUGGGGACGGGAUUCGAUGGUUUCAGCUCGUUGAGGGUUUUGCAUUUGGAUGAGGUCAGUCUGCCUUGUAGCAGUGCCGCUGAUCUCGAUCUUUUCGUUGGGUUUCCUAUCAAACUAGCUACAGCUAGGGUUAGAGGAGGAAGACGACGGCACACAAAGGUGGGAAAUGCGCAAAAAGCAAGGGAUCUCCUGCACUUUCUAUUUAUACCAAAACCAGAAAUGUAUUCUUCACGUUACAAAACAGAGGAAACAGAAAAUGUAAAACAGAAAUUCAAAUUACAGUAA